CAAGAAUACUGGAGUGAGUCGCCAUGCUCUCCUCCAGGGGACUUCCCAACCCAGGGAUCAAACCCACAUCUCUUAGGCCUCCUGCACUGGCAGGCAGGUUCUUUACCACUAGCACCACCUGGAAAGCCCGACUUACUUCUCUACCAUCCCUGCAAAAAAGACUGAAGUUUUCGUUCCUAAAAGGGGUUAGAACAGAGUUGCUGGACAACCAGCUAAGAGUGAGAACUCGACCUAAAACAGAGGGAUUCUUAGACCAUAUGCACCCUGAGCGCUGAAUGCAGAGACCCAGCUCUUAUCCCCACAAAACUUGCGCCCAGGCAAGAAGUUAGGAGACUCUUCCCUGAGGCCUCUCACCAGCUCCCCAAGAAAAACCUAAAGACAAUGACCUGGGCUGGGGGGCGGGGGGGUGGGGGAGGUAGGGGAUAAGAAAGGUCUCAUCCCCAUAACCCUUCAGUAAAGUUGCAAGCCCAUAAGCCCUAGUGGUGAGCUCAGAGUUAAGUCAUUCUUUUAGAUCCUCACAUUUAGGAGCAGACUGCCAAGGACUACCAAAUAUUCAGGGAACUCGAACUACAACAGUAGUUUUGAAAACAUUUUUUCCUCCUUGUACAGCCUAUUUUUUCCAAAUAGCUGUUUUCUGUCUGUCUGUUUUAGUCUCCAUCAUUAAUAUCCCUAGAGCAAUAAGAAAAUAUAUUGCAUCUAUGAGAUAAGAACAGAAUACUGUAUAUAUACAUGAAGCAUUCAAAUAACAAUGCCCCAAAGACGUCUCCGUAACAGGAUUGGGAAAUAAAGUUGAGAUAACCUCUAAGAAAGGAAAGCAAGGUAACAGAUACAGAAAACAAAACGAGAAUAACAGCGCGCCCACUCCAGGACGCCGGAGCGCCUCCUCAUGGCGGCCGCGCCUCCAUGGCGGCCGCAGCACUGUGUGGUGUUGAGCGGGAAUAGGCGGCGGGCUACAGGAACGGCGCGCUCAGCGGCGGCAGGGGCCGGGGGAGACCGGGCGGCCGCUGUGGGGCGCACUCUCCGGCGGCAUCGGCCACCCAGCGUGUCCCGUCAGUGUUGGCCUGGAAGAGGCGGUUGGCGGCGACCGAGAGCGUGUGAGCCGGGCCCGGGCCGAGGCGCACUCUCCGUCCACAGAAAUGAGCCGUCAGACAGAGACCCCUCCCGGCACCUCCCAGGGCGUGGCCGCCCUGACGGGCACAACUUCGUCCGACAGUGACUGGGCGAGUCUCUUCAAGUGUCCGGGCUGCUCUGACUAUGUGUUACCGCCCAUCCUUCAGUGUCAGGGUGGCCAUCUUGUCUGUGGCAACUGCCGCCCAAAGAUCUCCUGUUGCCCGACUUGCCUCGACCCGUUGGGAUCCAUUCGCAACUUGGCUAUGGAGAAAGUGGCCAAUUCAGUCCUCUUUCCUUGUAAGUACGCCUCUUCUGGCUGUGAAGCCGCUCUGCCACACACGGAGAAGGCCGACCACGAAGAGCUCUGUCAGCGUCGGCCUUACUGCUGCCCGUGCCCUGGCGCCUCCUGUAAAUGGCAAGGCUCUCUGGAUGCUGUCAUACCGCAUCUGAUGCAUCAGCACGAGUCCAUCACAACCCUUCAGGGCGAGGACAUAGUUUUCCUCGCUACCGACAUUAACCUUCCUGGCGCCGUCGACUGGGUGAUGAUGCAGUCCUGCUUCGGAGUUCACUUCAUAUUAGUCUUAGAGAAACAGGAAAAAUACGUCGGUCACCAGCAGUUCUUUGCCAUUGUACAGCUGAUAGGAACACGCAAGCAAGCUGAAAACUUCGUUUAUCGACUUGAGCUCAGUGGUCCUCGGCGGCGACUGACCUGGGAGGCCACGCCUCGAUCUAUUCAUGAGGGAGUUGCAACAGCCAUCAUGAACAGAGACUGCCUCGUCUUUGACACCAGAGUUGCACAGCUUUUUGAAGAAAAUGGCAAUUUAGGCAUCAAUGUAACUAUUUCCAUGUGUUGA